AUGUUCAGUCAGGUGUCCAGGACCCCAGCUUCAGGCUGCUACUAUCUAAAUCCCAUGACACCUGAGGGCCAGGAGAUGUACUUGCGAUUUGAUCAGACGACAAGACGCUCUCCGUACAGGAUGAGCCGGAUUCUAGCGCGCCACCAGCUAGUGACUAAGAUCCAGCAAGAAACUGAGGCGAAGGAGGCGUGUGCGUGGCUCCGAGCUGCCGGGUUCCCGCAGUACGCCCAGCUGUACGAGGAUUCGCAAUUUCCCAUCAACAUUGCGGCUGUCAAAAACGAUCAUGACUUUCUGGAAAAGGACCUUGUAGAACCUCUUUUCAGACGACUAAAUACAUUGAACAAGUGCGCCUCAAUGAAACUUGAUGUGAACUUCCAAAGGAAAAAG